AUGACAGAGGGCUUUUUAGACCGGAAGGGCAUGGCCAAACGGCUGCGAGGUGCACACCAUGGUGCAGAAGUCGAGGGAUUUGACACCGGCUUUUGGCUGGUCUCACUGUCCAUGUUCAUUCGAUUCUUCUUUGAUUCAUCAGUUGACAUGGCCGUCCUGGCUCACAAACGUGGUGCGGGCAGAACGAUUUGGUCCCUGACAGGGCAUCGACUUAUUGUUGGCCAACGACUGCAUGCUUCCUUGAAUGCUGGUGGGCGUGAUUUUGCAGUACAGUUGCGCUGUCAGCUCCAAAUCAACGCAAUGUUGAUGGCAUGCAGGUCAAUACGGCCAGCAGCGCGCAUCCAGAUUGCAGAACGACCUUGUGCGAUCGAAUUCCUUCGCUGGCUGUUGUUGGCUGGGCCUGUUCAAUGA